GCUCGCGUUGGCCGGGAGGCUCGACAAGGACCUCAACGUCUCGGGCAAGGUUACCUACAACGGCCACGGCAUGGAGGAGUUCGUGCCGGAGAGGACGGCCGCCUACAUAAGCCAGCACGACCUCCACAUAGGCGAGAUGACCGUCAGGGAGACGCUCGCCUUCUCCGCACGCUGCCAGGGUGUUGGCACUCGCUUUGAUAUGCUCACUGAGCUGUCAAGGCGAGAAAAGGCAGCAAAUAUCAAGCCUGAUGCUGAUAUCGAUGCGUUUAUGAAGGCGUCUUCAAUGGGGGGCUUAGAAGCCAAUGUGAAUACAGACUACAUACUCAAGAUAUUAGGACUAGAGAUGUGUGCAGACACCAUGGUAGGGGACGACGUGCUGAGGGGCAUCUCUGGCGGACAACGGAAGCGUGUUACAACUGGUGAGAUGCUGGUUGGGCCAGCCAAGGCGCUCUUCAUGGACGAGAUCUCCACUGGGCUUGAUAGCUCCACUACAUUCCAGAUUGUAAACUCGCUCAGGCAGUCUGUCCACAUACUCGGUGGCACUGCCCUCAUCUCCCUGCUGCAGCCAGCCCCUGAGACCUACAACUUGUUUGAUGACAUCCUCCUCCUCUCAGACGGACACGUCGUGUACCAGGGCCCUCGUGAGGACGUGCUUGAAUUCUUCGAAUCUGUCGGGUUCAAGUGUCCUGACAGAAAGGGUGUCGCUGACUUCUUGCAAGAGGUGACUUCGAGGAAAGAUCAAAAGCAAUAUUGGGCACGGGGUGACGAGUCCUACCAGUUCGUUCCGGUUAAGGACUUUGUGCAUGCAUUCCAGUCAUUCCACACUGGGAGAGCUAUAAGAAAGGAGCUCGCUGUUCCGUUUGACAAGAGCAAGAGCCAUCCAGCAGCGUUGACAACCACGAGGUAUGGUGUGAGUGGCACGGAGCUGCUAAAGGCAAACAUUGACAGGGAGAUCCUCCUCAUGAAGAGGAACUCUUUCGUCUACAUGUUUAGAAGCUUCCAGCUGAUCCUGGUGUCAUUUAUGGCAAUGACGCUCUUCUUCCGUACAAAGAUGAAGCGUGACUCCGUGGCCAAUGGGGGCAUCUACAUGGGGGCGCUCUUCUUUGGUGUGCUAAUGAUCAUGUUCAAUGGGUUCUCUGAGCUUGCACUUACUGUCUUUAAGCUACCUGUGUUCUUCAAGCAGAGGGACCUUCUUUUCUACCCAGCAUGGACCUACACAAUACCCUCGUGGAUCCUAAAGAUCCCAAUAACAUUUGUUGAGGUUGGCGGUUAUGUUUUCAUAACGUACUAUGUCAUCGGGUUUGACCCAAAUGUUGGCAGGUUUUUCAAGCAAUAUCUGCUUAUGUUGGCCAUGAAUCAGAUGGCCGCAUCACUCUUCCGAUUCAUUGGUGGGGUAGGGAGGAACAUGAUUGUUGCAAAUGUCUAUGCAUCAUUCAUGUUGCUAAUUUUUAUGGUAUUGGGCGGAUUCGUUCUAGUAAGAGAUAAAGUGAAGAAAUGGUGGAUUUGGGGUUACUGGAUAUCUCCACUAAUGUAUGCGCAGAAUGCCAUCUCAGUGAAUGAGUUCUUGGGUCACAGCUGGGACAAAAUCUUGAAUAGCGCUGCCUCAAACGAGACCCUUGGCGUGCAAGUCCUCAAGUCCCGUGGAGUGUUCACAGAAGCAAAGUGGUACUGGAUCGGUUUGGGCGCAAUGUUUGGAUUCACAUUAUUAUUCAACGCUCUCUUCACUCUUGCCCUUACAUACCUGAAGGCAUAUGGUAACUCCCGUUCUUCAGUAUCUGAAGAUGAGCUCAAGGAGAAGCAUGCCAACCUGAACGGUGAGGUUCUGGACAAUGAUCACUUGGAAUCACCUAGCACUCGUGGACCAACAGAAAUUGUUGAAGCGGAUUCUAGCCCCACACGUAGGGGAAUGGUCCUUCCAUUUCUCCCCCUUUCACUUGUGUUUGACAACAUCAGAUACUCUGUUGACAUGCCACCGGAAAUGAAAGCACAAGGCGUGUUAGAAGACCGUUUAGAACUCCUCAAAGGUGUUAGUGGAUCUUUCAGGCCAGGUGUGCUGACCGCGUUGAUGGGUGUCAGUGGCGCUGGCAAGACUACGCUGAUGGAUGUGCUGGCAGGGAGAAAGACAGGCGGGUACAUUGAAGGAAACAUCAGCAUUUCUGGAUAUCCAAAGAAACAACAGACCUUUGCGCGUGUAUCAGGAUACUGCGAACAGAACGAUAUCCACUCCCCUCAGGUGACAGUCUAUGAGUCUCUGCUUUUUUCAGCGUGGCUUCGUCUUCCCGAGGAUGUUGAUUCAAACAAAAGAAAGAUGUUCAUUGACGAGGUGAUGGAGCUUGUGGAGCUCAAGCCUCUGACAGACGCGUUGGUUGGUCUACCAGGAGUGAAUGGUCUGUCGACUGAGCAGAGGAAGAGGCUGACCAUUGCUGUGGAGCUAGUUGCUAAUCCUUCUAUCAUCUUCAUGGAUGAGCCAACCUCUGGACUUGAUGCCCGAGCAGCUGCUAUCGUGAUGAGGACAGUGAGAAACACGGUUGAUACUGGUAGAACUGUUGUAUGCACGAUUCAUCAGCCUAGCAUUGACAUAUUUGAAGCAUUUGAUGAGCUUUUCCUGAUGAAGCGAGGUGGAGAAGAGAUAUACGCUGGUCCGUUAGGACAUCAUUCUUCUGAGUUAAUCAAGUACUACGAGGGGAUUCAUGGAGUCAGCAAAAUUAAAGAUGGAUACAACCCUGCAACAUGGAUGCUGGAAGUGACAACGAUUGGCCAAGAACAGAUGCUAGGUGUUGAUUUCAGUGACAUAUACAGGAAAUCUGAACUCUACCAGAGGAACAAGGCUUUGAUAAAGGAACUAAGCCAACCUGAGCCAGGUUCAACUGACCUUUAUUUCCCUACCCAGUACUCACAGUCUUCGAUCACACAAUGUGUAGCUUGCCUGUGGAAGCAGAACCUGUCAUACUGGAGGAAUCCUCCCUACAAUGCUGUCAGGUUCCUCUUUACUACCGUUAUUGCUCUUAUCUUCGGAACCAUCUUCUGGGACCUUGGUGGCAAAAUGAGCCAGUCACAAGACUUGUUCAAUGCCAUGGGGUCCAUGUAUUCUGCAGUGCUGUUCAUUGGUAUCAUGAACUGUACUUCGGUUCAACCUGUGGUGGCCGUGGAGCGGACAGUCUUUUAUCGUGAAAGAGCAGCUGGCAUGUACUCCGCGUUUCCAUACGCAUUUGGCCAGGUUGUCAUUGAACUCCCAUACACACUUGUUCAGGCCACCGUAUAUGGAGUAAUUGUUUAUUCGAUGAUUGGGUUUGAGUGGACAGCACCCAAAUUCUUCUGGUACCUCUUCUUCAUGUAUUUCACACUGCUCUACUUCACAUUCUACGGCAUGAUGGCUGUUGGCCUGACACCGAACUACCACAUUGCAUCAAUCGUUUCGUCGGCAUUCUAUGCCAUCUGGAAUCUCUUCUCCGGAUUCAUCAUCCCCCGACCGAGAGUCCCAAUCUGGUGGAGAUGGUAUUGCUGGAUGCCCGGUCGCUUGGACACUGUACGGACUGGUUGUAUCUCAGUUCGGCGAUGUUGAUGCAGCAAUGGAUGAUGGCAUCCUCGUGAAAGAUUUUAUAGAGGACUACUUUGACUUCAAGUACAGUUGGUUGGGUUAUGUGGCCACGGUGGUCGUGGCAUUCGGGGUGCUAUUUGCCUUCUUG